AUGGAUGAAUCGCAGGCAUCUGGCAUCAUCUUUACAAGUCUCGGUACCGUAGUCCUCGAUGAGAUUCGAGUCCCAGACAAAAAGCCCUUGACGAACGUACUCGGGGGCUCUGGAACGUAUGCAACGUUGGGCGCACGACUAUUUCUUCCUCCUCCAUCAAAUUCCAGUCUGGGCUGGAUGAUCAAUGUAGGGUCUGACUUUCCGAAGGCCGUGAAACAUGAGCUCGAGCGAUGGGACGCCACACUGGUCAUUCGAGAAGAUUUAGAAAGACCGUCGACAAGAGGCUUGUUGGAGUACAAAGACAGUACAUUCGGACCCAAGGAUUUCCAAUACACGACAGCCCUUUUGAGCAUUCAAGAAGACAAUUUGAAACAAACGCCACUCUUAGCUUCGCACGCAUUCCACUACCUAGCCGCACCAGCAGACGUCAAAGUCCGAAUACCGCAGCUGCUGGCUUUACGAGAAGAGGCGGGGAUCACAGGGCGACCUUUGAUCGUAUGGGAACCCUCUCCACUUUUCUGCGGAGCAGAGCUCCUCGAGGAAGUUAUGCAAGCAGCGUCUGUGGUAGACGUUCUCUCUCCAAAUCACCUCGAGCUUGCGAGACUAUUCUCCGUUACCCUGUCGGAAGGGUUCAACAGAGCCACAAUCGAGGGCCUGGCAGCGAGAUGUUUGGAACGUGGAAUCGGUCCGCAAGGUGAGGGAACCAUCGUGAUUCGUGCUGGUGAGCACGGUUGCUUUGUGAGCAGCAGAAAGAUUCGAUCGGUAUGGCUUGAUCCGUACUAUUCAGAGACGCUGGGGAAGGAGUCUGAUGCGAAGACGGUUGACCCCACUGGCGCAGGCAACACCUUUUUGGGGUCGUAUGCUGUUGGGUAUCUGCAAACCCAGGAUGCUGUGACGGCUGCCUGUUAUGGCUCUGUUGGCGCAUCUUUUGCGAUGGAGCAAGUCGGGACACCUUGCCUUGAGGCUCAAGGUGACCAUGAGUUAUGGAAUGGGGUCGAUGUCAGGUGCAGGUUGCAGGAGUACAUGGCUCGGCAACGCUCGUCUGCCGUUGUCAUGGCUGCACAGUCCAAAUUGCUACCGCCCGAGCGCUCGGUCAAGCAGAUUCUCUCCAGCCUCACUUCUCUGUACUUACGACACCGAACUGGAAUCUCUCGCGCGGUCUACCUCGCUCUCUUUGCAGCACUCGCCAAGCGAGUGCACAAUGCCAUCUCGGAACAGAAGGCUGCGACCCAACAUGUUGAGCUCCGCCGCCGGCCCGGCACCAGCUCGCUCGGGGAUGCCGAGCAGCCCCGAAAGAAGCGAGUCGAGAUCAAUCGCGAGUUCUUCAAGAACUUGCUUCGACUCUUGAAGAUUGUGAUACCAGGAUGGCGAAGCAAAGAGCUACGGCUGCUUAUCAGUCACAGCGUCUUUCUCGUGCUGCGCACUCUGCUGAGUCUGUACGUUGCGGAGCUGGACGGGCGGCUGGUUAGCAGCCUUGUGCGGGGAAAAGGGAAGGACUUUUUACUCGGUUUGGUGUGGUGGAUGAUUGUUGCCGUGCCUGCUACGUUUACGAAUUCCAUGUGCAAGCUGUCUCUCAGCUAUAGAAAGCGCUUGACCGACUAUAUCCACGACAAGUAUCUGUCGAACAUGACCUUCUAUGCGAUUUCCGCGCUCGACGAUCGGAUCAAAAAAUCCGGACCAACUGGUCACGGUGGACGUUUCACGAAUGUCGGAGGCGAAGGGUUGUUUAUCAUGAGCCUGCUGGUGCAGCUCUCGGCCAACGUGAUGCGCAUGUUGACCCCACCAUUUGGCAAAUAUGUGGCGGACGAAGCUCGACUCGAGGGUGAAUUCCGCUUCUUACAUUCCCGUCUGAUCGACUAUAGCGAGGAGAUUGCGCUUUAUCAUGGCCACGAGGCGGAAAAGGACACUCUUGAUAAGGGCUACUUUACCUUGAUUAAGCACGUUAAUCGGAUUCUACGACGGCGGCUAUAUCAUGGAUUCAUGGAAGAUUUUGUGAUCAAGUAUUUCUGGGGUGCGCUCGGUCUGGGUCUUUGCAGUAUACCCGUCUUCUUCAAGAUUCCCGGGCAGGUGACGCAGACGACAGGCGAUCGUACUGAAAGCUUUGUCACAAAUCGUCGGAUGCUCUUAUCUUCAUCUGAUGCAUUUGGUCGGCUCAUGUUCUCUUACAAGGAAAUAUCCGAGCUUGCCGGAUAUACAUCUCGUGUCUCGUCUCUACUGGAGGUCAUGGAUGACCUGGUCGCGGGCCAUUUCGAAAAGAAAUUGGUCUCUUCUGCCUCAACCGAAGAGAAUGCGGCAGUGCUGUCUGGUCGCGGUGUGGUUCAGGAGGGCCCUUCGAUUGAAUUCACAGACGUGCCGAUUGUUUCGCCCAACGGUGAUGUCUUGGUUCGGAAACUGUCUUUCACCGUCCAUCCGGGGGAUCACCUGUUGAUCGUUGGGCCCAAUGGAUGUGGCAAAUCGUCUCUCUUCCGAAUCCUGGGUGGACUGUGGCCGGUGUAUGGUGGCACGGUGAAGAAACCUCGCUUCGAGGACAUUUUCUACAUUCCACAGCGACCGUACCUGUCACGCGGGUCAUUGCGCCAGCAAGUGAUCUAUCCCGACGGGGUCCGUGAGAUGCGGGCCAAGGGCAUCACGGACGCUGAUCUGUAUGAGACCUUGUCGAUCGUCGAGAUUGCCUCGGUCGUGGACCGCCCCGGCGGCUGGGAUGCCGAAGAGGAAUGGCGCGAUGUGCUGUCAGGCGGGCUGCAGCAACGCAUUGCGAUGGCGCGCCUGUUCUAUCAUCGGCCAAAGUUUGCGAUUCUGGACGAAUGUACCUCGUCCGUGACGCUCGAGAUUGAGAAGGUCAUGUACGAGACGGCCAAGAAACUGGGCACGACGCUGAUGACGGUCUCGCACCGUCGCAGUUUGUGGAAGUAUCAUCAGAAGAUCCUGCAAUUCGACGGUCAAGGCGGCUAUGUCUUCACGGGAUUGGAUUGGGAGCGACGCAUGAAGCUGGAAGAUGAGAAGGACGAACUGGACUUGCAAUUGCGGGCGGUACCGGAAUUGGAACGACGAGUGGCUGAAUUGAGUGCCCGCUAG